AGACCGGCUGCCGCCGACGCCGACGGCAUGGCCAUAGGCGCCUUCGUGGAAGGCCCCGCCGGCGCCGGCUACAGCGGCCGGGUCACGUCCUUCGUGGUGCUCUCCUGCAUCGUGGCCGGCAGCGGCGGCAUCCUCUUCGGCUAUGACCUCGGAAUCUCAGGUGGGGUUACCUCCAUGGAGUCCUUCCUCAGCAAGUUCUUCCCGGACGUGUAUCACCAGAUGAAAGGGGACAAGAACGUCAGCAACUACUGCCGCUUCGACAGCGAGCUCCUCACCGUCUUCACUUCCUCCCUCUACGUCGCCGGCCUCGUCGCAACGCUCUUCGCCUCCUCCGUCACAAGGAGGUUCGGCCGCCGCGCCUCCAUUCUCAUCGGCGGCACUGUCUUCGUCGUCGGCUCCGUCUUCGGCGGGGCAGCCGUCAACGUCUACAUGCUCCUCCUCAACAGGAUCCUGCUCGGCAUAGGACUAGGCUUCACCAACCAGUCUAUUCCACUGUACCUAUCAGAAAUGGCGCCACCCCAGUACCGUGGGGCCAUCAACAAUGGCUUUGAGCUCUGCAUAAGCAUCGGCAUCCUCAUCGCAAACCUCAUCAACUUUGGAGUCGAGAAAAUUGCAGAUGGAUGGGGCUGGAGAAUCUCUCUCUCCCUGGCAGCUGUGCCAGCUGCAUUCCUAACACUGGGCGCAGUAUUCCUGCCUGAGACACCCAGCUUCAUAAUCCAACGUGAUGGCAACAUUGAUGAGGCAAAGAUCCUGCUCCAGAGGCUACGUGGCACAACUAGAAUCCAGAAAGAGCUUGACGAUUUGGUCUCUGCUAGCAACGUCUCGAGGACAAUACAGCAUCCACUCCGGAACAUAUUCAAGAGGAAGUACAGGCCACAGCUUGUCAUAGCACUCUUGGUCCCAUUCUUCAACCAGGUCACAGGAAUCAACGUCAUCAACUUCUAUGCGCCAGUCAUGUUCCGGACCAUCGGGCUCAAGGAGAGUGCAUCCCUCAUGUCAGCGGUUGUCACACGCAUCUGUGCAACAGUUGCUAACAUUGUAGCGAUGGUUGUCGUUGACAGGUUUGGGCGUCGGAAGCUCUUCCUAGUAGGUGGCAUUCAGAUGAUCUUGUCACAGAUCAUGGUAGGGGCAGUCCUAGCUGCAAAGUUCAAGGACCAUGGAGGAAUGGAAAAGGAGUAUGCAUACCUAGUCUUGAUCAUCAUGUGCGUGUUCGUUGCAGGCUUUGCAUGGUCUUGGGGACCUCUGACCUACUUGGUCCCGACCGAGAUUUGCCCACUGGAGAUCAGGUCAGCCGGGCAGAGCAUUGUCAUUGCUGUGAUCUUCUUGGUGACAUUUGUGAUUGGCCAGACCUUCCUUGCAAUGUUAUGCCAUCUCAAGUUUGGAACAUUCUUCCUCUUUGGUGGAUGGGUGUGUGUGAUGACACUCUUCAUAUACUUCUUCUUGCCAGAGACGAAGCAACUGCCAAUGGAGCAAAUGGAGCAGGUCUGGAGGAGGCACUGGUUUUGGAAAAGGAUUGUAGGGGAGGAAGAGGAAGAGGAAGAGAGAGAGGCAAGAAGCAUAGCUUUGUCCACCACAUAGUGAUUUUCUUUAUUUAUUUGGUGAAACCUGCAGAAAUGGUACACCAUUUUGAUUAGUAGUAAAUAUGCAUGCAUCAAGCAGGUAUAUUGUAUAGCUGCACAAAUUUUAUCCUAACUAGUAACUGCAUUAGUCUCCUAA